AAUCCUAAAAGGAGCCAUGAAGUGUUAAACGGUAGAAACAGAGAGAGCGGCGCUCAGACACCCGCACGCUGGGAGAGAGGGAGGAAACAGCGCUGCUCCAAUGCGUCUGUGCAACACAGACUGAAGAGAGAGAGAAAAAAACUUAUCGACUCACAAAACCAGAACCUGCGCUGCGCAAUUAGUGCGAGAGAACUCACUUUUCCUUCUGUUUUGAAGAAAAUAAAUAAAGAAAUCAAGCUGGCUCAGUGCGUGUCUCAGCAGCCUACUUUGACAGGUGCUCCUCACCCCCUUUGGAGGACUGUCAACAGCAAGAGGAUGGCAUCAGAGCUGGCAAUGAGCAACUCCGACCUGCCCACCAGUCCCCUGGCCAUGGAAUAUGUUAAUGACUUCGAUCUGAUGAAGUUUGAAGUGAAAAAGGAGCCGGUGGAGCCCGAUCGCAGCAUCAACCAGUGCAGCCGCCUGGUCGCCGGGGGAUCCCUAUCUUCCACCCCGAUGAGCACGCCUUGCAGCUCGGUCCCCCCCUCUCCAAGCUUCUCGGCGCCCAGUCCGGGAUCAGGGAGCGAACAGAAGACGCACUUGGAGGAUUUCUACUGGAUGACCGGGUACCAGCAGCAGCUGAACCCCGAGGCUCUGGGCUUUAGCCCAGAGGACGCCGUAGAGGCGCUGAUCAGCAGCAGUCACCAGCUCCAAACCUUCGACGGCUAUGCCAGAGGGCAGCAGUUCGGCGGAGCAGCCGGGGCAGGAGGCGCCAUGGCCGGGGAGGAGAUGGGAUCAGCGGCCGCCGUGGUGUCUGCGGUCAUCGCCGCUGCCGCGGCCCAGAACGGGACUCCCCACCACCACCACCAUCACCACCACCACCACCACACAGGGGCACACCAUCCCUCCUCCGGGUCCCAGUCCGGCGGCGGCGCGGGGGGCAACCACCAGCACCUGCGCCUGGAGGAGCGCUUCUCGGACGAGCAGCUGGUCACCAUGUCGGUGCGGGAACUGAACCGGCAGCUCCGGGGGGUCAGCAAGGAAGAGGUGAUCCGUCUGAAACAGAAGAGGAGGACACUAAAGAACAGAGGCUAUGCGCAGUCCUGUCGGUACAAGCGCGUCCAGCAGCGGCACGUCCUGGAGGGGGAGAAGACGCAGCUCAUGCAGCAGGUGGACCACCUCAAGCAGGAGAUCUCCCGGCUGGCCAGGGAGAGGGACGCCUACAAGGAGAAAUACGAGAAGCUGAUCAGCACCGGCUUCAGAGAAAACGGAGGCUCCAGCAGCGACAACAACCCUUCAUCUCCGGAGUUUUUCAUGACGUCAAGAAAAUUCCUCCAUCUGUGAUAGAGAGCUGUGCUUUCUUGGCCCCACCAGCCUGGAGACUGCGAUAUUAUGACACUGGAAUGCUGUUUUAUGAACAACCUACGGCACCUGGACUGCCAUGAAGCACAAUGUCUCAAAAGCGACUCGCCCUCCCAGCGGCUUCAGGACGACCCAACC